AUGACCAGCGCGCAGCACGGAGCGGCCUCCUCCAAAGGAGUCCCCGCCUCUGCUGGCGGACCACCGGCUGUGCGCUCGAUCAUCGACACGGAUCUGUACAAGCUGACCAUGCAGCAGGCCGUCUUGGAGCAUUAUCCUGAUGCAGAUGUCUCUUACCGCUUCACAAAUCGCUCGAUGAACAUGAAGUUCACGCCUGCAGCUGUGAACGCCAUUCGCAGCUCCAUAUUUUCACUGUCUUCCUUACAGCUCACCGCAGUGGAGAGAGCAUGGCUUUCUGAACGCUGCCCUUAUUUGCAACCACGCUACCUUGACUACCUACAGGCAUUUCGGUUCAAGCCUGAAGAGGAGGUGAUCGUGAGCGAAGUCAAUGUGUCAGAUGAUCUCGUGGAUUUGCAGAUAAAAGUCGAGGGUAAAUGGAAAGACGUCAUCCUUUACGAGGUUCCGCUUAUGUCCAUUGUCAGUCAGGCGUAUUUCGAGCUGGUUGACACGGACUGGACAAUGGACGGGCAAGAGGAACUUGCUGCUAGCAAAGCAAAUCGGCUGAUAGCAGCCGGGAUCAAGUUUUCCGAAUUCGGCUCUCGACGGCGACGAUCGUAUGAGACCCAUCGAAGCGUCAUGCAAGGACUCCUUCGCGGCGAGCGCGAGGCACUUUCGCAAUCUAUCGGUACUGGGAAAAUGCUCGGCACAUCCAAUGUCCACUUUGCGCGGCUGUUCGACAUCAUUCCCGUCGGGACCGUGGCACAUGAGUGGACAAUGGCACUCGCAGCGCUAGAGGGCUACGACCGCAUCAAUCUCACGUCGCUGCGGAAAUGGGAUGAAGUAUAUGCCCCCCCAGCGUUCACACCUACCAAUCCAAGCGAAGACUUGACUAUCGCGUUGACGGAUACGUUCAGCACCGAGGUAUUCUGGAAGGAUCUCCUCCGCGAUGAUGAGGAUGGUAAUAGCGGCAAAGCCGAGAGCAGUGACGCGCAAAAUGGCAAAGAGAUCAUGCGGCGCUGGAGAGGCGUCAGGCAGGACAGUGGCGAUAGCAAGGCAUUCGCUAGGCGCGCCAAACAGGAGUACCAGCGUCUUGGUGUGGAUCCGAAGAGUAAAGUCAUCAUCUUCUCCGAUGGCCUGGAUGUUGAAAGAUGCAUCGAGCUUGCAUCCUACGCAAACGAGAUCGGCAUCGGUGCCGGGUUCGGCGUCGGCACGAACCUCACAAAUGAUUUUCGCAAGUUGUCCACCGUCUCGCCCGUGGCCGCAGCACCGAACAAAAUUGCCGCGUCCGCCAUACGAGACAGUUCUUCCAACAAGGCUUCCUCGUCAAUCGCAACAACACAAGAUAUCUUGGACGCGCACAGCAGAGGAAAAGGGGAGAAGAGCAAGGCGCUGAAUAUUGUCAUCAAGAUGUAUUCGCUCAACGGUAAGCCGACAGUCAAGAUCAGCGACGAGCUCACCAAGAAUACAGGUGAUCCAGAGGAAGUCAAGCUCGUCAAGCGGCGAUUCGGUCUGGAUGCCCACGAAGCGGCGCAGCAGGUAGAAGACGCAUAG